GGCGGCGCGGAGGGCGGCCCGCGGCCGGCGCAGCUGCACUUCAACCAGUGUUUGUCAGCUGAAGAGAUCUUUUCCCUUCAUGGCUUUUCAAAUGAUACCCAGGUAACCAGCUCAAACUUCUCUGUCAUCUGUCCAGCAGUCCUACAGCAACUGAACUUUCACCCCUGUGAUGAGCGGCCCAAACACAGUACAAAACCAAGUCUUUCCGAAGUUUGGGGAUAUGGAUUCCUGUCAGUGACAAUUAUUAACCUGGCCUCUCUCCUUGGAUUGAUUUUGACUCCGUUGAUAAAGAAAUCUUACUUCCCCAAGAUUUUGACCUAUUUUGUGGGGCUAGCUAUUGGGACUCUAUUUUCAAAUGCAAUUUUUCAACUUAUUCCAGAGGCAUUUGGAUUCAAUCCCAAAACUGACAACUAUGUUGAGAAGGCAGUUGCUGUGUUUGGUGGCUUUUACUUACUUUUCUUUUUUGAAAGAAUGCUUAAGAUGUUAUUAAAGACAUAUGGUCAGAAUGAUCACACCCACUUUAGAAAUGAUGACUUUGGCCCUUCUCCAGAAAAAACUCAUCAACCUAAAACGUUACCUGCCAUCAAUGGUGUGACUUGCUAUGCAAACCCGGCUGUCACAGAGCCUAAUGGACACAUCCAUUUUGAUAAUGUCAGUGUGGUAUCUCUCCAGGAUGAAAAAAAGGAGUCAAGCUCAUGUACCUGCCUGAAGGGGCCCAAGCUGUCAGAAAUAGGGACAAUUGCCUGGAUGAUCACGCUCAGUGACGCCCUCCACAACUUCAUCGAUGGCUUGGCCAUUGGGGCCUCCUGCACCUUGUCUCUCCUCCAGGGCCUCAGCACCUCCAUCGCGAUCCUGUGCGAGGAGUUUCCCCACGAACUGGGGGACUUCGUGAUUCUCCUCAACGCAGGGAUGAGCACUCGACAGGCCUUGUUGUUCAACUUCCUUUCCGCGUGUUCCUGCUACGUGGGGCUAGCUUUUGGCAUUUUGGUGGGCAACAACUUUGCUCCAAAUAUUAUCUUUGCACUUGCUGGCGGCAUGUUCCUUUAUAUUUCUCUGGCAGACAUGUUUCCAGAGAUGAAUGACAUGCUGAGAGAAAAGGUAACUGGAAGAAAAACCGAUUUCACCUUCUUCAUGAUUCAGAAUGCUGGGAUGUUAACUGGCUUCACAGCCAUCCUACUCAUUACUUUGUAUGCAGGAGAAAUUGAAUUGGGGUAAUAGGAGAUGAAAGAUGCUGUUAUUAACAAAUAAAAACAUCUCCAAAGGGAUUUUAAGCUGAUCCUGUUUAGUUAAAAGAUAAAUUUUAAAACUGUAGGUCAAGAAAACUAGCUAUUGCUUUCAGAUCUGUGAAACAGGCCAUUAUUUGUUAUUAAAAAUGUUUCAAAAGGUAAUCAGUUCCAAUCUGAAAAGGCUCGUCUGCAAGAUCUUUGGUAAAUACCCACUUUUUCUUGUAUCAUACAUAUUAGAACAUCAUCACAAAGCAAGAAACAUGCAGUGUAGUCACUUAGACACCAAAACCCAGAGAAAAAUACCAGCUAGGUUGUAGAAGCUUUUAAAGCUCGGUGGUAGGAUCAAAAGUUCAAGUGGUUUCAGAGUGGUUUUCUUUUAAUUAAUUUGUUCUAGUGCUUUCAUGAGCAAGUACAUCAAAAUGCGGGAGGUUAUCAAAACGUAUCCAACACAGACACAAAUGAUUCCAAGGCCUUCAUGAACCCAGGGAUGAAGGAUUGCUCACAGCAUUAUUUGUUUUAUAUUUUAGUUUGGCAUUUAUAGGAUUGUUUUGAAAACCAUCCAGUAUGAAUUAUGAAACCAAUAAAGUUUUGCUAGCCCUAGUAAGUUUAGACUGCAUCUGAUACUUUAUCGCUAAGUAUGAACUCUACCAGAUUUCACAAAAAGUAGGAAUUGGCUUUGUAUGACUUAGGUGUGGUCGCACCAAACAAAUAGCAGAAUAAUGAAUAAAGCUGGUGACUGACAGUUCAGUUUUCAUGUACAGUGUUUGUUUUGUGAAGGUGAAGGCUGUGUUGGUUUGUAGAAAGAAAUUGAAUGUAAUCUUAAGUAAUUUUCUUUCAAAGAUGAACACAAUUAUUUAGCAAAGGAUAGUUUAAAUAAAUGCAAAGCAACAGCUGGACUGCUGUAUGUUGAGGACUGAUUAUAAAACAUACGUUCUUCCUGGGAUUGAGAGUCAUUCAGAAAAGACUUCUUUUGUGUUCAGUCUACAUUUUUCCUGUAUGGUAUCCUUUGGAAAAAAAUUCUGCACACCAUAGUUAUUUUUCUACCUUUUAUAAAAGAUAGAGCCUGUUUUCUCGUUUAGUAGGCAUAGAAAGUUGGUCUGAAAUUGACAUCCUAACCCCAAUUCACACUCCCCAGUCAUUUAAGGAAAGAUAAUUUGACAGGGAAGAAAAUGAUUUAUAAAGCCAAUAAUGAUCUCAGGAAUUAUAUUUUCCCAGAGUAUAAAAUGGUGUCGCAUAGCAAUAAUGCAGAUCUGAUGGAUAUUUAACAUGUAUGUGAAUAUACAUUUCACUUUAUGACUGACAAUUAAAAAAUUAUUGUUUGACCAAAUAGUAAACACCUUUGAAACCAUGUUUUGUAUCAUUCACUAUUAAUUUUAGUAUGUAUCUUUUUGAGUGACUUCCAUAUACUUGGUAUUAUGGGGAAGACAGAAAAAUAGGAAAUUGGUGAUGUGUUUCUUUCAAGGAUAUUCAGCAAAUGAAAACUAUAAAUAUUUAUAAUUGUUCAUUCAAACCAGUAAGCAUAGAAUCUCAUUUUAUCAUGUCAUCUGUUUACACAAUUUUAAGAAAUAAUCUGACCUUUUUAAAGCAUAGAUUAUAUGUCUGGGUUAAUAAACUAUUUACAACAUGA